GUAGUGGCGCCUAACCAGUUAGACACAGCUCGCAAGCUACUGCAUGAUCUCUUCACCUGUGAUUAUCGAGAUUGGGGUUCUUUUCCCGAAUGGGCGUGGUUCAAUAGUGACUUUUUAACUUUGAGGAGAAACAAGCGUUACUGGCAGAUGUGCAGUCACAGGGAUAGCUCACGUAUGCUGUGUUAUAAUAUUUGUUUUCUUGCAGCUGCAUGCCGGAGCUCGCCAGUUCAAAUAAUAAAAACUAUACGAAUGGCUGCAUCUGAGGCAGUUAAGCUUAUAGAAGAAUAUAAGGAUCUUAAUUUAAAAAUUAUUCAUCUAGUCAGAGAUCCAAGAGGAACAAUGAAUUCUCGUCAGCAGAAAGAUAUUGCUAUGUGGUGUGGUAAAUACAAAGCUUGCUCAUCGCCUAAAACUUUCUGCAAUUUAGUAAAUGAGGACUUACGUCAUGCUUGUGAGCUGCAGAAACGUUAUCCAACUAGGUAUACUUUAGUUAGGUACGAAGACUUAGCUUUAGAUCCACCUCAAACUACUGAAAAACUUUUUAAAUUCUUGGAUGUAGGGCCUGUUCCCAGUGAAGUUGUGCAAUUUCUAGAAACUCAUACUCAAGGCAGCUCGCAUGUCAGCACAAAUUCCUUUCUUCAGCCUCCCUACAGAACGGUGCGAAAUUCGACUCAGGCAGCUUUAGAAUGGUGUCGGAAGAUGAAGCUCAAAGACAUACAAAAUGUUCAACAAAACUGUCAUUUUGUUUUUAAGAAGUUAGGUUAUAAAAUGGUUAACAACACAGUAGACUUAAAUGCCGAAGAUAUUAUGGAAGAAGCAUUUCAGUUUUGCUAUCCUUAAUUGUCAAAGUGAGUCUCUCUGACUUUGAAAACUUCUUGGAAACUUGUUAUAUUUAUAGAUAACAGAUUCCGAGUGAUGCUACAGAGCGUCAUCUUUUUAUGCUUAUACUUUAAACGUAAAAGCUGCUAUUGAACAUUGUUAUUGUGGAUGAUCCUAAGUCUUGUCUUCCCUUUUAUGGAAUUUGAUCCCUUCUAUUAAGCCAUUUCGUGUCCAAAGGCUGAAAUGUGAUGGGACCAGUUAACUUUGAAAUGGCAUAUAAAUAAAGAUUUUGAUCCGGUUUUUGUCUUCAAAUAGCCAUUCCAACUAGAUGCAGUACUGCAACAUAUUUCGGCUAGUGAAAUGACGUGUAAUUUUAGAAGAAAGAAAGCUGUGAGAUUAUUAGCUACAAGAUGAAUCUUGACAUAUCUCUUAAUUUAAAUAAACAGUUCGAAAUAUUAUGCUGCUUACAUAUCGCUGAUUUUUAAGUUUUGAAUAUAGAUAUGACAGUUAGUAUUAUACACAUCAUUAAAAUUUAAAAGGCAAUAUUUUUAGCUAGUUGUUGUUGCAUAAAAUUACAGAUGUAGCAAAUGUAGUAUUAUGGAACCUACCUCUGUUAUAUUGAGAUAUAGAUUGUCUUCAGUAUUAGCUGCAUUCAUUUUUAGAAUAAAACUGCCAACUAAAUGUUAUCAAAUCGCAUACAUUGCAUGGACUGGAUAACAUUUUCAAAGGAUGCGAUAUCUUCCAUAUUGCUUCCCACCGUUUUAAGUGAUGUCGAAUCAUCCAAGUGCCCAUAUUAAGCUUGUUUCUAGAACUGAUAUACUGAAUGUUUGGGCCAGCAAAAAAGCAUCUUAGAACAACUAUUUAUGACAUUCUUUAUUUUUCAUUACCAUGUACAUCAUGUUUUACAAUGCAGAUUUUGUUUUAUUGCCUCAGCUAGUCGAAUUUUUUAAUGUUGUAUUGCAUUUUGUUGAUUAUUAUCUUUUUAGUGUAAGUUACGAAAGUGAACAAGUUACAGAUAGCUUCCAUAAGAAAGAUAAUUUAGCAAACAAAUGCAAUUUGUGAAAUUUUAUGUCGGAUAUAAUAAAGACAUUUUACUAGUUCAGAAUUUAUCACGGAGAAGUAAACAUAAACUUUUUAAAAAAUUUAUGACUUCAGCUUAUCUAAAAAAGCAUUUCCUUCAUUAAUCGAAUUAAAAUAACAAUAAUGCUUAGAUUUUUCAGACUAGUAAAAUAAUAUAAAUAUAGUAAAUUUCAUACGAUGCUUGUAACUUCAUAUUAACAAAAAAAACUGUAUAUGAGUCUCUAAGUACACUUCUAGUACUGAUUCAUUUGAUUUCCUGCCAGUUUCGAAACCUCUGUGUAAACCUAUGAAGAAGUGGUUCAAAAUGAUUCAAGAGCUUAUAAAGUUAAGAGUAUGGAGCAAUUCUUUUUAGAGCCUUUUUUGUUGUAAAUAAUUUAAUUCAAACGUUUUAUGAAAAGGUGCAAAAACAAGGGUUUAGAUUUGGCAUAACAAUAAUAUUUUAAACCCAAAGUUUUUUUUAUAUUUUUGCUUACAUUCCUAGUACUUUAAAGUGAAUUGAAAAUACUUUUUAUAUAAUUAAUAUCAAUGAUAAAAUUGAAUAAAAGUUAUAUACCUAUAUGUUUGCUCAUUUAUGCAGGCAUUAUGGUAAUGUUUUCAUCGCAUAACAUUUUACUGUAAUAAAUGCAACUCCUAACAUAGAAUAUGCUUUUCAAGAACCUAAAAUUUACCAUUUGUCUCUAACCAAUGAUUUCUGAAUUUUUUAUGUAUGUGACAUUCCAUCAUAGCUUAUCAUUCCACAUUGAUUUAAUCAUGAUUGUCAAGCGUUAAGUAAAGCUAUGAAAAAAAUGUAGCUGUAUAUAUAUAUAUCUAUAUAUAUAUAGAUAUAUAUAUAUACAGCUACAUUUUAUAUAUAUAUGCAGUUGAAAGAGUUAAAAGGUAGUGGAAGAAUACUUUAAAAUGCACUGCCUUUAAAAAGUUAAACACGCAAUGCAAAUUAGCAAUUUUUGAAAAUAGUUGAAUUCAAGUGGCAGAAAAUUGCUGCGAAUGCAGAUGACUGUAUGCAAAUAAUCAUAUUUUACAGUCAGUCACAUUUGACUGAUUCUGACUAAUUCGGCAGUCGUAGAAGGUGCCCACAUACUGAAUGAAGAGUUUAAGAAAAUUCAUUUAAAUGCUCAUAAAACGUGUUUAUAACUUUUCUAGAAUAACCUUGACGACAUUCGAUUUUCUAUGCCCGAAAGAAGAUAAAUGGCAGAUAGUGAACACUCGCAUGCUGGUAGAAGCAUUAAAGUAGAACAAAUUAUAAGGUAGUUCUCCCGCUUUCCUAGCGUGCCUUCGUGGUGUAGUGGUCAGCACAAUGAGCCGGUAUUCUAGAAAUGCGUGGCGCGAUUCCCGGUGCAGGCGGUUGCUAAUUUUUAUCUCUCCGGCUUUUCCAAAAUUAACCUAAUGUCUCUACAGUGGCGCCCAAAUUAAAAGGGUGUUGGAUGAUGAUUCUCCUCACCCAGGAUUUGAAGACUAGGUCCCU